GUCAUGUGAGAGGUUUGACUAGUGCCCCCUUACCUACUUCAAGAAGCCACCUCAAUGACCAAUUCAAUUUUCCCUCCACUCACUAUUUAGUCAAGUCAACCAAUAUACAGUUAAGUAAAUAACUCAUCAUUCCACUUCUCAAAAUAUCAACACCAAAAACUCUUUCUUUCCUUGCAUCACAAUUUUCUAACCUUUCUUCUACCUUUCUUUCUUCAAUGGAUUUCAAUCCCAACCUAAAUGAUUUCCCUAUUCUCUCCUUUCUCUUAAACCACCUUCACCCUCAAACUUAUCCACCUCUUACAAACCAACUUUACCAAAAUCUACUAACUCAUUUCCCUCAUUUCAACAAUCCUGAACUCUUACCUUCACUCACAAACCUCAUUUCCAAUCUCAACAUAACACAUACUCUAUCUUUUCUCCGCACCCUCGGUCCUCGUCCUGAUCCUUCGUCUAUCUCCGCUUCUCGCGCUAAAAUAGCCGAACCGGACGUGGAUGUGGCGGUGUAUCAGGCUUUGUUGAAGGUGGAGGAUAUGCAUGAGGAGUGUGUGAAGUUGUUGAUGGUUGCUGAGGAGAGGUUGGUGGAGGGUUAUAGGUUGUUUGUGGAGGAAUUGGUGAAAGGGGUUGGUGGUGAGGAUGUUAAUGAAGGAGUUGUUGGGAUUUUGAGGAAAGUUGAAGAAGGCGAGGUUGUUGAGCAGGUUGAUCUUUCUGAUAUGAAGUUGAGGGUUUUUCCUGAGGUGUUUGGGAAGAUGAAGGGUUUGGUUUUGCUUAAUUUGUCUCAUAAUCAAUUAAAGGUGAUUCCUGAUUCAAUAGAAGGACUACAAAAGCUUGUGGAGCUUGAUGUUUCGUCGAACCUUUUAGAGUCUCUGCCAGACUGCAUUGGAUUGCUAACCAAUCUAAAAAUCCUUAACCUGUCAGGGAACAAGCUAACUGCUCUUCCUGAAUCAGUUUCUCUUUGCAGGUCACUAGUUGAACUGGAUGCAAGCUUUAAUAACUUAAUGUGUUUGCCAACAAACACGGCCUAUGGACUUGUUAACCUCGAGAAGCUCUCGAUCCAUUUGAAUAAGAUACGAUUCCUUCCUCUAUCCAUUGGAGAAAUGAAAUCUCUCAGAUAUCUUGAUGUUCAUUUCAAUGAGCUUCAUGGCCUACCUCAAUCUAUUGGGAAACUAACAAAUCUAGAAUAUCUAAACAUCGGCAGUAAUUUCAACGAUAUGACUCAACUUCCUGAAACAAUUGGUGGUCUGGUUAACUUAAAGGAGCUAGACCUAAGCAAUAACCAGAUCCGAGCUUUGCCUUACGCGUUUUGCAAGCUUGAAAAACUAACAAAGCUGAACCUGGACCAGAAUCCAAUCAUCGUUCCACCGGUAGAGGUUGUAAAUCAAGGAGUUGAGGCUAUGAAGGAGUUCAUGGCUAAACGGUGGCUUGAAUUCAUUGACGAAGAACGAAAGAAAAACAUGGCUGAAACUCAAAAUCAACAAGCAGAGACGGGAUGGCUGGCAUGGGGAGCGUCAUUGUUGAAUAAUGUUGCCGGGACUUCUGAGAGUGUUGCUGAAUAUUUCGGCGUUGCAAAAGCUCCUAAAGACACAUUGUUGUAUCAACAGCUAUGAUAUAUUUGUACUUAAUGCUGUCACAUGUAUAACUACCACUACAAUUUUAGCAUUCCAUAACAAUUUCUAGACAGAACCACAACUUAAAUGUUUCUGAAGUUGUCUUGUCCAAUGUCUUGUUUUUUAGCAAACCAAACGUACCAUAACUAUUUUUGUUCUCGCCAAAAUUAAAUAUCUCUCUCUUAUUACAAACAUAAAAUAAAUAAAUAGUAUUCUUCAAUAAUUCUCUCUUUGAUCAAUUCUGGUGGGCUGGUGGGGGCCCUGCAAGAUACUAUCAGAGAUUUCUUUUUUCUUCUUCUUUUUGACUUAUGUAUAUAAAAAAUAAUAAUGUUUAAACAUUGUCACCUCUCAUAAUUAGUAGUAUAUUUUACUUAAGCAAAUAAUAUAUAAAUUACUACUACAUUGCAAUUAUUUGUUGAUGAACUUCAAUCUCAAUUUUUUCUGAAAACAUGAACUCUUUCCAAUUAGCCAAUGAGUCUUCUCCCCUUUCCUUAACUCCAAAUUUCAUCCUCCCAGAACACAAAAGACCAAACCUUUCACAAGUCACUUCUUUAGACUCAAUACCUAUAAUUGAUUUGAGUUACUAUGAUGAAAACAACCCUUCAUCUUUGGAAGUUGUUCACAAGAUUUCAAAGGCUUGUGGAGAAUUUGGUUUUUUCCAAAUUGUGAACCAUGGUGUUCCUGAACAAGUUUGCAACAAUAUGAUGAAAGCAAUUACUAGUCUUUUUGAGUUGCCACCAGAAGAAAGAGAACAUCUUUCAUCAACAGAUCAUACCAAGAAUGUAAGAUUGGUCAAUUUUUGCCUUAAAGUGGAAGGUGGAGAAAAGGUCAAAAUGUGGAGUGAAUGUUUUAGUCAUUUUUGGUAUCCUAUUGAUGAUAUCAUUCAUCUUCUACCAGAACAAAUUGGUACUCAAUAUAGACUUUUGCAUUUCAUAGGGAGGCUUUCACUGACUAUG